AUGUCUGGAAGACCUGUGUCCGAAACCAGCGCCGUGGCUUUCCAGGUUUUUGUGUCAAGUUCCUACAACGUAACAUCACUAGACCCCGUGGUGUAUGACAGCAUCAUCUACGACACUGGAUCUGGCUACAACACCACGACUGGGGUGUUCACAGCACCAGUGAACGGAACCUACAUGUUCUGGAUACAGUUGGGCAUUCGUCCCCUACGGUACUAUCCAUCCACUUCGAUCAGACAAUCGGGAAAGACAAUCGGCAGUGGUUGGGCUGCAUAUUCUUCUUCUUCCGAGGGCGCAGUUUCCGCUACGUGUGUCAGUCAUCUGCAGAAGGACGAGGAGGUGUGGGUGCAGUUUGAAGAGUUCCGUGGAGAUAUUCCAACACCAGUCACCGUUCGUUCAGGCAGCUAUGUAGGAGAUCCGAUAUCCUACUUUGGUGGUGUCCUUUUGACAAUGGACUAA